AUGGAUGAGUGCACAGCACACCGGGGGAGAACAACAGAUGACAACACCAAGGUCGGCAAUUUCGAGGAGGAGGAGGAGGAGGAGGAGGCGGCGGCGGGAGGGAGGGUAGGGAAAGAGGGAGGUGAUCGGGAACGGGAGGAGGUUCUCAGGCACUUGUCAGGCCGAGACAGUCCAGUCCAGUGA